AUGCAGGUCAUCCAUGCCGGGCUCUACUACCCUGCCGAUUCCCUCAAAACAAAGCUCUGCAUUCAAGGCCGCAAUAUGCUCUAUGAUCUGUGCUCCAAGCACGCCAUCCCACACAGAAAUACCAAAAAAUGGAUCGUCGCCCAAACAGCCGAGCAAUGGGAGUCAUGCCUGCGGGUCCACAAACAUGCACAAACCCUAGGCGAUGCUCCAACCCGGAUUGUCGGCUGUGACGAAGCGGCCCGUCGCGAACCCGAUGUCAAAGCGGAUGCCGGCAUUGUUGAGAGUUUAAGCACGGGAAUUGUUGAUUCUCAUUCGCUGAUGACAUAUCUUCAAGGAGACUUCGAGGACCGGGGUGGUGAUGUCGCAUUCAAGACGAGAGUUACCGGCGUUGAGCGCGUGAGUGAUGGAUAUGAGAUCACUGCCGUUUCGGACGAGGAUGGCUCCGUGACGACUAUCACAGCGGAGACUUUAAUAAACAGUGCUGGACACGGCGCAUGCGCCAUCAAUAACCUUAUUCUCCCAGAGGAACGACACCGAGAGCCGCACUACGCGAAGGGCACAUAUUUCUCGUACGGCGGAUCACGACCACGGGCCUCAGUUCUCGUAUACCCUGCUACCGUGCCGGGCCACGGAGGUCUCAGGAACGCAUUUAACGCUCGAUAUGGGAGGGCGUAUUCGCUUUGGUCCGGAUGUUGA